AAAAAACUGAAAUUGUUGUAUGAAUUUUUAAUUGAAACUUAAAAGAAAACAAAACAUUAGCCCUAUUCGAUUCUCUGUGUCAUUUGUGCUCUCAUCUCUCAUACAGUAGCAGCCCUUCGUCCGAGUCCUCCCCAGCUAUCUUCGGAACAUGGCGAAGCAUCAUCCUGACCUGAUUAUGUGCCGGAAGCAACCUGGAAUAGCUAUUGGAAGGUUGUGUGAGAAGUGCGACGGUAAGUGUGUAAUUUGUGACUCUUAUGUGCGUCCUUGCACGCUUGUUCGGGUUUGCGAUGAGUGCAACUAUGGAUCUUUCCAGGGAAGGUGUGUUAUCUGUGGAGGGGUUGGAAUUUCUGAUGCUUAUUACUGCAAAGAGUGUACUCAGCAGGAGAAAGAUAGAGAUGGCUGUCCGAAAAUUGUGAAUCUGGGAAGUGCCAAAACAGAUCUGUUCUACGAACGGAAAAAGUAUGGUUUCAAGAAAAGAUGAUCUUUAGCAGGUCAAGUUUCGUUUAGCUUCCGGAAAUCAUUUUGUUGUGUUCAUCAUUGAGGCUUAGGCUAUAUUACAAUCAGGUAUUUUUCUUAGGAAGCUUGCUUAUUCCUGCUCGUAUGCUUGACUCUUCUAUUUUGUCGUUCGAUAUGUUUCCAACCUACUCUCAUUUGGUAAUUCUCCCUCGUAAUCUUUGUAGUUAGUCUGUGGCAUCCAUCUAUGGAUGUUUGAACUCCUCAUUAUACUUGGAGCUUUGUUAAUCCAAUUUUAAAUAUGCGAUUUUAUGUUCAUUA